AUGGAGUUUUACCUGGAGAUUGACCCUGUCACCUUGAACCUGAUUAUCUUAGUUUCAAGUUACGUCAUCUUGCUCCUGGUUUUCCUCAUCUCCUGCGUGCUGUAUGACUGUCGAGGCAAGGACCCCAGUAAGGAGUACCCUCCGGAGGCCACCCUGGAUGCUCAGUCCUCCAUCCACCUGGUGGUGAUGCAGCAAAGUUCUUCCAGGGCCCCCUGGGCAAGGGGCCCCAGCCUUAAUUUUGGGAAUGCUUCUCUGCUGGGGAAGAAAAGCACUAUGGUGUGAGGCUGGCUGAAGGAUACUGGACAUUCUGGACAAGCCAUUUCCAACAUGGCUACAAUUCUCACCGCACCCGGGUCU